AUGAUAGAAAACCUGGAACCAUUGGAAAGAAGUGAGGCUGAGAAACAGGACCUUGAAAUGGACACAAAGACAGCUGCAAGUUCGGUAGUUUUGCCCUUCCACUUCAGUUGUACGUCACCAGAACAUACGGCAAUAGUAAACAGCCAUCUUACAAAUCCUUCUAACUAUGGUCUUUUAUCACAGUAUACCACCAGGACUCUAGGACUUCAGCCCAGCCCUUCUGUGGAGCUGGAAGGCAAAGAACUCUGGGAAAAAUUCAAUGCCAUUGGGACUGAAAUGAUUCUAACAAAGGGAGGGAGGCGAAUGUUUCCAGAAUUUGGUGUGAAAGUCACAGGGUUGGAUCCCAGCUCACUCUACAUACUAUGUGCAGAGGCAGUACCAGUGGAUAACUCUCGCUACAAAUGGCACUCGACUGAUGGAUGGAAACAGGGUGGAAAAGGCGAAACUUGCCAUCCGACAAGGGCAUAUAUCCAUCCAGACUCACCUGCACCUGGGAGACACUGGAUGAGCCAACCAGUCACUUUUAACAAACUCAAAGUGACCAAUAACAUGCUAGACCAGCAUGGGCAUUUUGUUCUGCAUUCCAUGCACAAGUACCAGCUGCGGCUUUGCAUUGUCCUCACCACUGAGGGUUUGACACCCACUCUUACUCCUUACCAUAUCAUCACAUUUCCAGAGACUGCAUUCAUUGCUGUGACAAGCUAUCAAAAUCCAAAGAUGUCACAACUUAAGAUUGAAACAAAUCCUUUUGCAAAAGGAAUCAAAGACUCCAAACUGCACAAACAAAAGGAACAUCUGAAGUCACCUCAAAAGCGGCCUCAUAAGGAUGAGAAAGAAGUCUCAGCAGACAUUCCAGAACUGAAGAAAGCCAAGCUGCAGAAUACCGUUCCAGAAAGUAUCCCUGAGACACUAGAAACUAGUACAAAGGAUAAAAAGAAUUCCUGGCCUGAUAUCUGUCCAGUUCCAGAAACUGAACCAGUUAGCAUUUUCAAUGUCUGCUUCAGUAAAAGCCCUCUAUCCUCAGGGGUCACGCCACGAUAUGAGGGAGCACGGGUUUUUAACACAAGUGCCGUAGGCCCAGCAUCGCAUCUGAACAACUUCAGCUACCGUGCUUUGACAGACCAAUUAAACUCCAUCUACUUCCCUGACAGAGGAAUCACUUUGCCUGCCAACGUGCCUACCUACCACUUGCCUUCAUUGCAGGCACAGACUUUUACAAGUGGUUUCACAAAUACAGUAGAUACUGGAUCUCAUGUCUCUGUUAGUCCUGUAUAUACCAGGGCAUGUCCAUUCAGUCCAAUGCUUAUUCGGCCCACUGCAGUCUCAGCUGGGAUACCAGUAUACCCCACUAUUCUAUCAGAAACUGCACUGGGUGCUGAUCAACCAGCAGGUACAGCAGGAGAUGGCCGACAGCAGGUUCAAGGGAUGAUUCAUAUGCUUCACAAACAGAUGGACUUUAUCCCACCAACGUCUUACUCAAACUGCGAGACCAAUGCAAGCCAUUUACUUCCACACAACAAAUAUUUCUACAAUGCAGUCUAAAUUGCUAUAUGUGAUUUUGUUUUGUACAAAACUAAUUUGUGGAUAUCAAGGCCUAGUGAUUCAUGAGAAUCAUAAGUUACUGGAAGGCAUGGAACUAACUAUAUUAGUGGCAUUUUCUGACCUUCAAAUGCAGUCUUAGAUUCUUUUAAAUUUUGAAGUAUUGUUUUUGUUUAUUGAAAGUAUCGAACAUAUAGGUCCUGAGGCACAACAUAUAAUAAUGUUGUGGUGUGCAGAAGUAUCAGUAAGAGCAGUGUCAAAAUGAGACAGAAACAAAAGACAAAUCAGAAACAUAAGCCAUUAGCACUACAGCAUAUCUGAUACAACACCAGAAUACUGUUGUCAGAACUCCAUCUAAAUGAUAAACAUGUUUUAUUAUUUAUCAUUUCAAGUCAGCCUUUUUCCAUAAGCAUUACUUAAUAUUUGCAUAGAGAACAGCACUAAAGUCACUUGCAUUACUUCAACCGAUGUCCUUUGUACAGCCAGAUUCUGAAGCUAAAACUGCACUGGAAAUGUUUGAACACUGGAGCCAAAAUACAAGGAAAGAUCAUAGAUUAUAUAUUAAGCUAACAUUAAUAUGUGUCAAAAAAUGACAAAGAGAAACAGUGAGAACUUAUUGAUUUUAUUUGUGCUUUUCUGUAAAAUAUCUGACAUUA